UAAAGGGUGAAAAUGCAUCCAAGUAUUCACCUUGUCUCCUUCUUCCUGAAGCCAAAACUGAAUAUUAACUACGUACACAAUUAAAACUGAAUUUCUAAAAAAUGGCAUAUUUGAAAUUUGUGCUUUGCUCUUUAGCCGUGGUCAUAUUUUCAGGAGUUGCAGUCCAUGCAGCAACAUUGGAUCGCCAAAUCGAGUACCCUGAAAUGCGAGUGAUCGGAACAAUUGGGAGCAAGACGUUUUACACGACCUUAAACUCUACUUUUGCAGUCAGGUGGGACGCAGCCAGGCAAAUUUGUCGACAGUCGGGCAUUCAAUUCGCCAUCUUUCAAUCCGACGCUGAGUUUGAUUUUGUUCGAGCUAACGUUGCCCCCUCAUCACAACUUUGGAUUGACGCGAGCAUGCGAGAAAUGGAGACUCUGACUGGGAGGGCGGCCUUCGUUUACGGCGAUGGUUCCGACGUGUCGACGAAGAACGUCAUGAUUUACCCUGCGAACUGGGUGUGCCUCUACUUCUCCGCGGAUGACCACAUUUUCUCAGGAAUGUGCGCUGAACAAAGAGGAGUCCUCUGCCACAUGAACAACGCUGAUGGAACCAAUUCCCAAUAAUUUCUUGCUUCAUGCAACCUUUCAAACACAAUUAAAUUCAAAAUUAUACUAUAACAAUUUUCGAUCAAUGAAUAAAAUGACGGCGCAAUAAUCAA